UCUUACCAGAGCUACAGUUGCUAAUCCAAAUGAUUUACUCCUGUAAAUCAAAAGGGUUAGUAUGGGUCAGCUCUAGGAAUGACAUUUAUCAUAAUGCUGAAAUAUUUCCUUCCAGUGCCCGCUAUCAAUUUUAAAAAAAAACAAGUCAAAUCUAUUCCGAAAUUAGAAUCCAAUCUACCCGCCAAAACUGAAACUGACUUUGACGUUAUAAACAAUCUGCCGAAAAAUGACGUUUUAAAUAUUAGUGAAAACAAAACAAACUCAAAAGUCUCUGAUAAAUGUUUUUCUUGCACUGAGGAAGAUUGUUUAGAAGGCAUAGAUUUUCUUAUAUGUUGUAACGUAAUAAUACAGUGUUGUUUUCUAAUACGCGUUUUAGUUCAUGUUUUCAAGAAUUGUUGCGAAAAAAAAUCGAAGGAAUAGAGAAAUAAAAGUUGGUAUUUAUUGUGUAUUCGAUGCAAUUCAUUUUAUAUCAAUCAUAGGACAGAACAUUGGAUUUGAAUCAUGGCAUACCUAUCUUACUACUGUUUCAUUGAUUCUAAUUGAGUUCGCAAUCAGAAUGGAACAAGAAAGUGAUACAGAUUCAAAGGAUAACUCAACAGGGAGUGGAUUUAAAGUAACAAAUGAUGAAUGCGGAUUGUGUUCAGUGCAAAACAAUAAAGAUGAUGUCAUAAAACAAUUGAGUAACAAAACCGAUAGUGCUGUGCCAAGCCCUAAGGAAAGCUGUUUGAAUGAUGUCACUGCAAAUAGUGUUAUUACAGAAGAAUUAGAACUCCUAAGUACUGACAGAGUAAAUCAGCCAGCGGACAGUUUGGUCGCGAUGAACGAAAGUAAUAAUGACAUCAUAUCAAAUUGUGUGGGUAAACAAUUUAAAGAUGGCGGCACUAAUAGUGAUGUGACACAACAACCAGAAGAGCGCAGUUUGGGGGAAAUAAAUGAAAAUAAUAAUGACACCAUAACACAUUGUGAUUUGCAUGAAGAUUUAAAAAAUGAUGGCGAAAAUAGUGCUGUCAAAAAUCAGCCUGAAGAGCGAAGUUUAAUUGCGAUGACCGAAAAUAAUAACAAUAAUGACAUCACAGCAAAAUGCGAUGAAUAUGGCGACAGUAGUGUUGUAACUAAGCAGCCGGGACGCGGUGUUAUGUUGCAAAACAGUGGCGUACCUAAUAAAUGUUGUGACUGCAGCUGUUGGAAAUGUUGUAAUUGUAGUUGCAAUGACAUUGCUUGUUUUCAAACAGCUCAAGCGUGUGCCGAGUGCCUAGUUUUAGUUUUUUGUGUACAAGUUUGUAUGAUAUGUUUUAAAUCUCUACUAAUAUUAUAGAUGUUAAAGUUA